AAACACUUACGGAAAACUAAUUUUUUUGCAAUGAGUCAGGAGGACUUUAGGCUGCCGAAGGUGCCAGGGGGUAAGGGCGAUGGAGGAGUGUCGCCGGACGACAAGGACCAGCCGUCGUGGAUGGCCUGGGUGGAGCGCAAUGCCAAGCCACGGGUGCGAGUGCGCCCGAAGGUGGAGCGGGAGCUGACGCCCUGGCAAAAGGCCGGACCCAUGAAGAAGAAGGACUGGCAGCGCUUCUACGAGUGGGCAUCCUCGAAAGCCAUGCCCAAAGAGCUGCCCGAGGCGCCACCGCGUGAAAUCCCGUGCGAGGCGGACUAUCUGCCGUGCGGCAAGCCAAAGGCCGCCGAUGAGGACGAUCUGGACAUGCUGGAGAAGAUGGAGAAGCUGUCCAUACCUCUGGCGCGUAGGCAGCGCAAGGUGCACCAGUACGUCUACCCGGUGAAUGCCUACAACCCCAUGAUUGUGUGGGGCCAGCAGCCGCGCCCCGACAAGGGUCGCCCCUUUGAUCCCCCGCAUGUGCCCUGCUGCUUUCCCAACUCUGACAUUGAGGAUGAGUUCUGGGCUACGUUGCGUUUUCCCGUCAGAAAGCAAGCGCUCAAGGGGCGUCCCUCGCCGCGAAUUGUUAGCUUGGCCAGGCCGAAGGUUAUGCCACCCUGGCCGCCACAUUGCGCCAUUCCGCCGCGCACGGUGGACCCGUUGGAUGUGCCACCGCCGAAGCGUAAGAAGUUCACGGCCCAGGCCUGGCGCCUGCACCAGAUACGUCUUCUCUAUCUGUCCAGGCCGGUGUCACGUCGCGAAUUUGAAUACUUCUAUUUGUGAUGCGAUAGAAGAUUGAAAGGUUCCCAAUCGCUCAGUGAAGUUUCAGACUAAAAUUCAGUUCAAAAUUGUAUCUUUUGAUAAAGUUUGCCUAUACAUUUUGGCACUACAUUCGGCAGCU